UUAUUGAGGAAUCACUUAGAUUUUUAAAGUGUAGAAAAUAGUAAAACAAUGAGGACUUUCAUAUGUUUACUUGUGACAAUGUUCAUUAUUGAAUAUGUUAGUCAAUCGGAGGCGGCAUCGUAUUGCACGAUUGAUACAACCUCGUAUUAUUAUAACCAAUGGACAACUACGUCGAAGUACUGUGACUAUGGGUGUUGCGGGUCAUCGUAUGACCAUUCCAGGAAGUGUUGUGAAGGAGAGAGUACAAGCGUGGGUGUAUAUGCUGGCGGCGGGGUCGGGGGUGUUACCGGGUUCCUGAUUACACUGUGUAUCAUCUACUACUGCUGCUGCAGGACCACAGACAGAGUAAUAGCAAUAGUGUAAGAACAUAAAAAGAUGUAUCGUAAGAAGUAUGACGUCAACCCUGAAAACCGUUUACAGAGGCUGUUCUAUAGACACUUAAUUGCCAUGAGAUCGUUGCUUUAAACUUAAAAGUGAAGUGAAAAUAAUUGCUAUCUAUGUUUUGUCUAUGUGGUUUGUGUACAUAUUGUAGUUCUAGAUAAUUAUUUAUAACAUGUUUUGUAUAUCUA